AACAGAUGUUUGUGAAACUGAUCAUCUAUUGACCAAAUGGCUGGUUUGCUUCAACAUCUCUGUUUAACAAUAUUUGUCCAAAAAUCUGCUUUAUUUACAAAUUCUAACGAAUUCCAGAAUUUGAUGCAUUAUUGUUAGACAUAUACACGCGCGUCGGAGGCGAUAGAUUAUCUUCUGGGUUCAGCGGCAGCAUAGUUACGUGAUUCACCCAUCGUCUGCUACCGUCCAAAAAUUUCGAAGAGUGAAACAACAAAGAAUUUCAUCUUUGACUCAAUCUUCCUGGAAACAAUGGAGACUGAUCCUCAAAAAGAAAACGUGAUAAUGACGGGAGGGUCAUUCACAGCCAGCGAUGACACAGACUCUGUUGUAACCUCUCAACCGCGCAGGACUUCGCGCAUGGAAACCGGAAAUAGGGCGAAAGCUAUAACGGCGGGUAGAACAACUUUUGAUGACGCACAUUGUGAAAGAGACUGGGCCAGUGGACUUUGUCAAUGUAAAAGUGAUGAUAGGCGACAUUGUUGCUGUUAUUUCUGCUGUUGGCCAUACUUGAAAUACUUAACAGCAACACGUCUUGGAGAAACCCCUUUUAUGGCUCUGAUUCCGUGCGCGGUGUUUGCUCUUCGUAUUAAAGUUAGAACGCUGUUUGGAAUUAAGGGAUCAUUGAUAAAAGACUUUUGUACUACCUUGUGUUGUGAGCCAUGUGCUGUAUGUCAAAUGAGCAAAGAACUAGACAGCAUAGGGCUGUGAUAUUGAGACUGUACUGUACAUCAAUAACACAUUUAUCAUUUCCAUUGACUAUAUAUGUUUCAGAUUUUCACAUUUCAAGUCCAUUUUCAGAGAUCAGAAUCUGAAUUUAUGAAUAUUCAUAUAUAUUUUUUGGACCCUGUCGUACUCGAUGUGCCGUUAACUAACUUCAGAAUCUUAAUCGUUUGAUUAUGUUUUGUGAUUGAAAAGUUUGUCACCGACCUUUUUUGAUAUUGACAAAAAUUAUCACAAUUGCUUAUAUGACGGGAAUGAUUCAUUUUUAAAAUAACAACCUUGGUAUACGUAAUUGAUUAAUAAGAGUCAUUAAUGAUUGAUAUGAGUGUAAAUUGUUCUUGAACACGGUAACUGUGUUAUAUGAGUGAUAUGACAGUCUUUGUCAACACAAACUUAAAAUUAUAGAGAAUUGAUCCUGAUUAAAAUGAAUUUUAUUCACUUUUCAUAUACAAAUACAAUGAACUUGAAUUCUC